UAGACGCACGCCUCACUGUAAUCAGGAUAGCUGGCUAGGCCGGGUAGGCUACUAGGUUAGGAGUACCAGUGGCACUGCACAUGCAUGUAACCACUGCAUCCGGCCAGGACCCUCUUAUCCGUUCGAUCGUGCCGGUGCACUCACGCUGCAGGAUUAUACACGAAAGAUGGUUCUCGAGGACGUACGACCAGCUUGUGUAGCUCUGAAGCUGGAAAAUCAAGCAUGCACCGUAGUGGUUGACAUUGUUUCGAUCAUGUCGUCUAGACCAAAUCAAUGGUGGCCCGAACAUUUGCGCCGUUGCAAAAAAGUUGCCCUUUUACAGCUGUGAUGCAUGCUCCUCACCCGCGUAUAAGAAGGGCAAAGCUCCUGCCACCAAGGGAGGGUAAGAAUGACAACAAAGUCAUAGCACGGCUAGGAGUAGAAACUCAAAUAGGAUGGCUAAACUGGCGAUGCUCGUCUUGGUGAUGGCCCUGUUGAUCACUGCACCUUCAGGAGAAACUUCAACGGCAGAAAGCCAUGAAAGGGAUGCCUCCAAAGCGACAAAGAUGCAGAGUCACAUGCACGGCAGGAUGAGAGUUCUGACGGAUGUUCAGGACUACGACUACGGAGGAGCCAACUCCAAGCACGACCCCCACAGGAAGCCCGGCGGUGGACACUAGCUAGCCACUCGUGUCCCCUGACAGAGUCCGGUGUUUUGGACUCUGCUUAUAUGGCAUUCAUCUGAUCAUUCCUCAGUGAUGUGUGUGUGCGUAUUCAGGGCAUUUUGUAAUCUGACAGUUGACUCAUCCAUCUAGCAGUGUGUCUUACUCAAAUAAUAUCACAAAAUGCCAGAUCGAUUAUUUUCUA